GAGGAAACAAAAAAGAAAGAGUAGGUUUAUUGAAGAAGUAGGAGGAAAACAAAACAGAAAGAGUAGGUUUAUUAAAGAAGUAGGAGGAAGACGACAGCGAGUGAGUAGUUAACUUUCUUCUUCUAGUUGACAGCAUGGCGUCAGACAGCAAACAGUUUUGGAUACCUCUCGAAUCGAACCCCGAGGUUCUAAAUAAGUUUAGCUGGAAUGUUGGUGUCCCCUCCAGUUACAAAUUCCUUGAUGUCUACGAUUUGGAUAAAGAACUGUUGGACACUAUUAAAAAGCCUUUAGCUGUGAUGUUACUUUACCCUCUCACUCAAAAGGUAAUGUUUAAUAAUCUUAGUCUGUUCCAUCCCAGUCUUAUUAAUCACCAAUUAUGCUUCUUUUCCCUCUAACUACAUUCUUUACUU